AUGAAAAGGGCAAUCAUUUUCCCUCGCCAAUUUGUUCAUUUACCGAGACAAGCCAAAUGGAAACAUUUUUUAAAAAACGAUUAUUCCUUUCUUUCAGUAUUCAAAAAUAAAAAUAUAACACCUGGAAUAAAAAAUAGACCUUGCAACUAUGAAGGAAUAAAAUAUUUCAAUACAAAAUCUAUGGACGAGAAAAAAACGGACGGAGAAGAAUAUUAUUUAUCAAUGGGAGAUAAUAUAGAAAAAAGAUACAGCUUAGCUUUAUAUAAUGUAGGGAAAAAAAGCAAUAAAUUAAAUGAAAUAACAAGAGAUUUAUUAUUUAUUAAAAAUAAUUUUUUAAAUGACAAAACAUUUCAAACAUUUUUACACACACCAAAUAUAGAUAGUAAAGAAAAAUUAAAUUUUUUAAAAAAUGAAUGUAAAAAAUAUAAUAAUAAUAAUUUUAAUACCAUGACAGGAAACUUUUUAGAAUCUUUAUUUGAUUCAAAAAGAUUAACCUUUUUACCAAAAAUUAUACAAGAGUUUGAAUUGUUAUUAAUGAAAGAUCGAAAGGAAAUAAAAUGCAUUGUUUAUACUGCUAGAGAUAUAGACAAUAAUUAUAAAAAAAAAAUUAGUGAUUCAAUUGUUUCCAAACUUAAAAAUAAAUUAAAUCCAUUGAUAGAAUAUAAAAUUGACAAAAAUAUAUUAGGAGGAUUAGUACUCCAAAUUGGAAACCAAGUCUUUGAUUUUUCCGCAAAGUCAAAGAUUGAAAAAAUUAGAAGCACCUUAUCAUAG